GAUACUGCACCUACCAGAUAAUGCACAUAAAUUUUUCAAUGGUCCCUCAAAGGAGGUUAGACGUCAUUUGUUUACAUUUUACAUAUGUAUUUUUUCUUGUAAUAUGAACAAUGCCUUUGAGGAAUCUUACAUUAAAUGAAAGAAAUAAGUUAAUUAAUAAUGUUCAAAUUGAUAAAUUUAAAACAAAAGAUGCUGAAGUCAAGUUUAAAGUGUCCAGAUGGACAGUGUCAAGAUGUUUAAAUAAUUCACAAGAAAUUGAUGAAGCUGUACAAAAUGGACUAGGAAAGAGAAAGAGAUUUGAAAGAAGACCGGAAGUUUUAGAUCAUGAUGAGAGAGUCAAGAAAUGGAUAUUGUCAUGUCAAGACAAAGGUUUACCUUUGUCAGCUACAUUGAUUAUUGAAUAUGCCAAAGAAGAGGCAGAAAAUAUGGAUCGAGAUGAUCUGAAAUGUUCAUGGUCUUGGUUUUCAAGGUUUAAAGAAAGAAUUAAUUUGAAAUUAGGAAGGACCAAUGGUGAAAAAAAAUCGGUGAAUUUGAAAAUAGUUGAAUAUUGGAAAACCAAUGUUAUCCCAAGGAUCAUGAUUGACUGGCAGUCAGAAUUUAUUUAUAAUUGUGAUGAGACGGCAUUAUUUUGGCGACAAAUUCCUGUCAAGACAUAUUUUAUCAGUAAACUUGACCAUUCCGGAACCAAAAUAUUUCAUGAAAGAAUAAGUAUUUUAUUUUGCGUUAAUCGCAAUGGUGAUAAAUUACCUCCUCUAGUCAUCAACAAAGCCAAAAAGCCACAGUGUUUUUAUGCAAAUUGUCUUGACAAUUUGUUCAUACAAUUUUCUCAUCAAACUAAUGCGUGGAUGAACAAAGAGCUUUUCGUUGAAUGGCUAACUACUUUUCAUAAUUCACUGGCGGUCGAAGGAAAAAAGAUUUUACUAAUUCUUGACAACUUCAGAGGCCAUAGAAUUGUAGAAAGUGAUUUUCCUCUAAUUACAUUUAAAUUUUUACCUUCGGGUACUACUUCUUUGACACAGCCCCUUGAUGCCGGUAUUAUCCGCUCAUUUAAAUCAAAAUAUCUAUCUCUAUUUGUAAGAAAAAUUAUUUCUGAAAUUAAUUCAACUAAACAUAUCACUGAAAUAGUCGGUGCAUUUAAUUUACUUGAUGCCUUAAACUGGCUUGAUACUGCUUGGAAAAGUGUAUCAAGCGAAACAAUUGUUAAUUGUUGGACCCACUUUGGUUACAAAGUUGACAGUCAACCAAUUUAUGAUGAUGAUGAUGGUACAAAUAAUCUAUCUCAUUUGUUAAAUAAUUUAACUAUUGAAACUCAACCAAAGCAUAUUUGUUGGUGUGUUGUAAACAUACUAGAUGGCUUUACUGUCGGUUAUACAUUCAUUCGUUUUUUCAAAUGA